AUGGAUAGAUCUGAAAUUUUUGAUGAGUUUCUUCUGGAAGACGUUGAGUUUCUCCUCCGUACUUGUUCAAAUUCAAUCGCCACGGACAAGAUGGAGCUAUUCAUGUCUGUUUGUGAAGAUCUUAAGUUCCUCAUAUCCUUCCUAAAGGAAAUUCCGGAAUCUUUCUCAGAGAAUUACGAGACUGCUCUGGACGUCACGGACCCUGAUGAUGGUAGUUCUCUGACUCAAAACAGUGAGAAUCUUGGGACUGGUCAGGGAUUGUCUCGUCUUCUUUCAGUCAAAAGAAUGAGAGACCAGGUCGAGCAUAUCAACAAAAGCAUUUUUCACUGUUUAACUGAUUGUGUGAAUUCUACCACAGGGACACCAGGAAUCGGGAAAUCUCCUGGAAUUCCAUCAGCAGGAAGUAUUGAUGAACAGAAGAGGGCACUGCUGGAGAGACUCACCGGAGGUCAGAAGGAACUUGAAGUGAUAAAUAUCCUUGUGGUGGGAGUGGGAUACAAGAAUGAUGUGUUCUACGAUCCUACUGUCCUUGGACACUUUGAUAUUCGCAAGAGAGGUAGCAUAUAUAAUAGGAGUAAACUUGAUUUUGAUGAUCAAGAACAAAAAGAAGGAAUGUACGAACACUUAAAAGGGAAGAGAUAUUUGAUUGCAAUUUCUGUCUAUGGUGGUUUAUACCAUUUUGGCAUCUGGGAUGAUUUGAAGAUGUGUUUCCCAGAUGAUGGCAACGGUAGCAAAAUUCUAGUCAGUCAUCUCUUUGACCCUUUCGUUCCCCGUUAUCCGAUUGAGAAUGAAUCCGAUAUGUAUUAUUUAAUUACUCCGCCUGAUGAUGAAGCCUGGCAUAGUAAGGCAUUAUUGCACCGGGAUGAAGACCUCUUUUGGAUAAAAGUCAGACGUAUAUCCAGCAAAAUCUUCCAAUCUCCAGAGCUUGUUAUUUUUGCAGAAAGAAUAAACUCUAUCAAGAAAAAGGCUCUGCAAACUUUUAGAAAUGGCUUUCCUGCAGCAGAAGCCCCAGUAGGAAAUCCUGUUUCUGAAAGUCUAGAGACAGAAAGCAAUAGCCCCAUGGUAGGACAAGACAUAGUUGUGGGUUUUGAUGAUGAGGAACUGGCACUGCUGAACAGACUCACGGGACAAAAGCGGGAAAUAGAGGUUAUCUUAAUUGCUGGGAUGGCAGGAAUUGGUAAGACAACUAUGGCUAAAAGAUUAUACAAAAAAACACUCAUCGGUCAUUGCUUUCAUGUUCGUGCAUGGGCCUCUGUGUCUCAAGUGUAUCAAAAGGGUAAUAUUCUCCACCAACUCUUGCUGCAUUUGAUACAUGAUAAAGAGUCCCUCUCCCAGAUGAGUGAUGAGGCAAUGGGUGUGAAGCUGUAUAAAUGUUUGAGGGGGAAGAGAUUUUUUAUUGUCAUUGAUGAUAUAUGGGAUGCUGGUGUUUGGAACUCUCUUAAAUUGUAUAUUCCCGAUGAUGCGAAUGGCAGUAAAGUUUUGAUGACAAGUCGAAUCAAAGAUGUAGCUCUGAAUCCCAAAAAUGAAUGUACCCCUCACUGUCUCCGUUUUCUAAGUGAAGAUGAAAGCUGGGAUCUAUUUGAAAGAAAAGUUUUUGGGAAUGGAAGCUGCCCUCAGGAGUUGAUGGAAAUGGGAAAGAAUAUUGUAGCAAAAUGCAAGGGAUUGCCUCUCUCAAUUGUUGUUGUAUCUGGAUUGAUUUCAAAGAUGGAGAAGACACGUGAGUUGUGGGAGCAUAUUGGUGAAAACAUAGGUUCAUAUAUUGAUAGUGAUGCAGAGCAAUUCAUGAAUGUUUUGGAAUUGAGUUACAAGCACUUGCCUCAAAGGUUGAAGUCAUGCUUUCUUUAUCUUGGUGCUUUUCCAGAAGAUUAUGAAAUUUCUGUUAGGAAGUUGGUACGGAUGUGGAUUGCUGAGGGCUUCAUUCAGCAACUGGAGGGAAAGAAGUUGGAGGAUACUGCAGAGAAAUAUUUAAUGAAUCUUGUUGACAGAAGUCUAGUCAUAGUUUCACGGAGAAGGUCAGAUAAUGGUAUUAAGACAUUUCUUGUCCAUGAUAUGCUGAGAAAGUUAUGUAUCAGGAAAGCCCAAGAAACAAAUUUUGCGCUUCCAGAUUAUGGGUAUCAAACAUAUUGUUCCUCUCCUUUUGUAAACUUCUCUUUGGAGUACCAAAAAUGCGAGAGCCUGACUGUGUUCAACUACUUUCUAGGAAACACCAUUGAUUGUCUCAUGUUUGCUCCUACUUUAACAGUGUCCUGUAAACCAAAUGUGUCAUUCAAGUAUAAACUCGUGAGAGUGUUGGAUUUAAGGCGUAUAAUGAAAGACAACUUUCCUUGUGAAGUACUUGAAUUAAUUCGUUUGAAGUACUUGGCUCUUUACCUUGGAGCAAUGUCCUGCCUGCCACCAGUAAUAUCUACUACACUCCAGAACCUGGAAACCCUCAUUGUUGAUGUAGAGAAGGGCAGAAAAGUUACUUUACCUGAUGAUAUCUGGAAGAUGUUUAAGCUGAGACAUCUACAGAUUUCACCAGAAUUUGAAUUUGGAACCCCCCGGCCUAAUUCUGCUGGUCCUAGCUUCUCAUCGGACGAGGAACGUAAUCACCCAGGUCUCUAUUUUUCCGGUCCUCUUGUGCUUCAUAAUCUACAAACAGUUUCCUGGCUAUGUCCUUUAGGUCCUAGCAGAGAUAUCCUUCUGGCCAGAAUUCCUAACGUCAGAAAUUUGGGAUUUCAUAUCACUUUAUCAAGCAGGGAGGAUCCAUUUAACUUCUUUGAUCUUUCCGGUUUGAAUGUGCUUGAAAAGUUGAAGUUUGAGUAUCACACCUAUGGUAUGGUGCCUGUUACCAUUUCAAGUUCUGAUAAGUUCCCAUCAAGUUUGAAAAAGUUGACACUUGUUGGUAGCCAUGUGAACUGGGAAGAAAUGUCCAUUAUUGGGAUGCUACCAAACUUGGAGGUUCUCAAGGUAAAAGAUAACUUCUUCAAUGGACCAAAGUGGGAAACAUGCGAAGGUGGAUUCCGACGUCUCAGGUUCUUGAAAUUCUCACAUAUGGAUCUUCAAGAAUGGAUUGCAACUGCUGAUGACUUUCCUAGCCUUGAAAUAUUAGUGUUAAAUGGAUGCCUGCAACUUGAAGAAAUACCAUCUGCAUUGGGAGACAUUUGCACACUUCAAGUGAUUGAGGUAUAUCGAUCAUCAGACACUGUCGCUGAUACAGCCCGCCAAAUUCAAGAAUCGCAGAGGAACUGGGGUAAUGAUGAGUUUAAGGUCUUCAUUUACCGGCACUUUCAAGACAAUAUUUCUAUGUGA